AUGACAGAAGACGCGGACGAGAACUUGGACAGAAUUGCUGCUGCUGCUGCUGCUGCUGCGCCCCUUUUGCCGCAGCUCAAAAGCUGCGCAGAUAUCGUCAACGAGAUCUUGAAAAAGAUGGGACAGCCGGGGUACUUGGCGAUCGGGCAGGUGAGGCCUACGGCUUUGUGGCGAUCGACGGGCGGGCGGCUGCGCAGCUGCGGGACCGUCUGA